AAAAGGUGAGUCCACCAACAUUAGUUUAACUCCCAAAAACAACAGUAAAGCUCCGCUGCCCCUGGAAGGAUAUCAAAGCAGAGAAACAACGUGGCCAUUCUCUCUAUGGAUUCAUCGCCGGAGAUUUUACCGGCGAUCGCCUCUCUUUCUCUUUCCGUCGUCUCCUUCCUCAACACCACAUUCCACCGCCCCGAACACCACCUCGACCUCUCCGAAUCCACUCACCUGGUCACUGAGUUGGACACUCGCUGCUCUGAGUUGACUCAUCACCUCACCGAUCUGACUCGCCGCCUCGACACCAGUCUUGUCUCUUGCGCUUCUUCUUCUGAUCGAAUUUCCGACGCUCUUCUCCAUGUCAAUCGCCAACUUCAAGAUCUCAAAUCAAAGUCCUCGUCUUUAGCUUCCUCAUCAGAUGGUAAAGCGGAGGAAAUGCUGGUAGAUGAGCUACCAGCACUGGCGAAAGAAGUUGCGAGAGUGGCGAUGGUGCGAAAUUACGCCGAGACAGCAUUGAAGCUUGAUAGCCUGGUUGGUGACAUUGAAGAUGCAGUCACUUCUGUGAUGAACAAAAAUUUGAAGAAGAACUCUACGAGACAGUACUCAGAGGAAAUACGCUUCAGUGCAAUCACUUCCCUUAAAUCAAUAGAAGAUGUUUUAGCUUCAGUGACGAGGGAACACCCCCAGUGGGUCCGACUUGUGUCAGCUGCUGAUCAUAGAGUUGAUCGAGCCUUAGCUAUUUUGAGACCCCAGGCAGUUGCUGAUCACCGUGCCCUGCUUAUUUCAAUAGGAUGGCCACCAUCUCUUUCCACAUUAAGUUCUUCAAAUAUUGAAGGAAGGAGAAUUUCUGAAGUGCGAAAUCCUCUUUCUGCAAUGCAUGGAGAGAUGAAACAGAAGUACUGUGAAAUUUUUCUUGCCUUGUGCAGCCUACAGGAGUUACAGCGACGAAGAAAGUCACGGCAACUUGAGGGGUAUAACCGUGAUAUUUUUCAGUACCAGCCACUCUGGGGUAUUGAAGAACUUGUGAAUCCUCUCUCUCUUGCAUUCCUUCAUCAUUUCCAAAAGUGGGUAGAUAAGCCUGAAUUCAUAUUUGCUCUCAUUUACAAGAAUACAAGGGAUUAUAUUGAUUCAGUGGAUGAGUUGUUGCAACCCCUGGUGGAUGAAGCAAUGUUGACAGGAUACAGUUGCAGAGAGGAAUGGAUUUCCGCUAUGGUGACCUCCCUAUCAACAUACUUGGCAAAGGAAUUAUUUCCUGCAUAUGUUUCUCAUUUGGAUGAGGAGAGUACAGUGGAGGUUAGGCUGCAGGCAAGAAUGUCAUGGCUUCAUUUGGUUGAUUUGAUGAUAUCAUUUGAUAAAAAGAUUCAUGCUCUGGCUGCCCUCUCUGGGAUCUUAGAUUCGACUGAGGAGUACAGCCUCUUACAAAGGAUGUCUUCUCUCUCUGUCUUCUGUGACCGGCCAGACUGGCUUGAUUUAUGGGUGCACAUAGAACAUGACAAUGUAAUAGAGAAAUUGAAACCUGAAAUGGAGGAUGAGAGAAAUUGGACAACAAAAACUCGGGGAGCAGUUCUUUUUCCUGGGUCUGAAGAUUAUAAAUCUCCUGUAGCUUCAUCCAUAGUUCUCAAACACGUAUCAUCAGUCAUUGACCGCUGUAGAUCAAUACCUUCCGUAUUUUUGAGAUCUCGAUUUGUCAGAUUAGUGGGUGCUCCAAUUAUUCAGACCUUCCUGAAUUGCUUGCUUACCAAAUGCUUAGAAGCAGAAGGGCUCACAGCAUUGGCAGAUGAUGAUGCCGUGGCCAGAGUUAUGACUUCAGUGAAUUCUGCUCACCAUCUCGAGUCAAUCUUAAUAGAAUGGUGUGAUGAUAUCAUCUUUGUUGAAAUGGGACUCGCAGAGGAUGUUGAAUCAGAAAAGGGUUUUAGAGAGAGUAGUCUUUCGACUGGUAUUACCGAGGGAAAUGGAAAUGGGGUUUUGGAUGAGGAAAUUGUAAAGCUGGAGGAGUUUAGAAAGGAAUGGGUUAAUAAAUUGACAAAUGUUGUUUUAAGAGGAUUUGACGCUCAGAUUCGAGAUUAUAUAAGGAAUAGAAAACAAUGGCAGGAGAAGAUUGAAGAAGGCUGGACAGUGACAAAAUCUUUUGUAGUGGCUCUAGACUAUUUGCAGGGAAAGAUGUCUAAAUUGGAAGAAGGUCUAAACAGCAUGGACUUCACUUCAGUAUGGAGGAGUUUAGCAACUGGAAUAGAUCGUUUAAUUUUUAAUGGUAUUCUUAUGAGCAAUACAAAGGUAUAUAACGGAGGUGUAGAGAGGUUUGCAGGUGAUAUGGAUGUUUUAUUUGGUGUAUUUAGGAGUUGGUGUUUGAGACCUCAAGGUUUUUUUCCCCGUGUAAGUGAAGGCCUCAAGUUGCUGAAAUUGGAAGAAAAGAUCCUUCAAGAUGUAUAUAUUCAAGGAGAGGGGUGGAUGAAACAUAAUGGUAUUAGGCAUCUUAGUGUAGCCGACGCUGAAAAGAUAGCGAGGUGUAGAGUCUUCACAUAAAACCCGUAAUUUUUCAACCCUCGACAGCCCCCACUAUAAAGAUGGUGUUUAGAAAUGUAGUGCUGUAUAUCAUGGAGAUUCUACUGACCCAUUUUGUUUUAUUACAAUUGGCAAUAAUCUAAUCUUUAUUAUCCCCUCAAAUGUAUUCAUAUGUCUGAAAAUGUAACAUCUUUUUGUAAAA